AAAGGCUUUUUUUUCCGCGGUGAGUUUCACCGUUCUGAUUUGCUCCGGUCAACUCGCCCCGGUCGGGGAGCUCAUGAAUAAUUAAAGAGGGGGAGUUCUAUCCAGCUAAAGCGACGCUGAUUGAGCGCUCCUUGGAAAUUGAGUUUCCUAACUUUUUUACUUAGCAAGAGUUUGGAGUGGGGCGAUCAUGAACGUUUUGAUUCCUUUACGUCCGCACUUUUGAAGACUGGAUUCCCUCGGAGGGGGGCAGGGAAUUCUUUUUUUUUUAAAAAACAGAAAAAGUUUUAACUAUUUAAAAAAAAGUUUUCGAAACUCUACUAUUUAAUUUUUUUUUUGAAUUCAUACACAAAGUCUGCCAUGGAUCCAAACCCUAUCCCACCGCCAGGACAGACCAUCGUUCGCGUCUUGGGGGACUCGGAGACCGACCUGGAAGCUCUAUUUAACGCGGUGAUGAAUCCGAAACCGGGAACCGUCCCGCACCAGGUGCCCAUGAGAAUGAGGAAGCUGCCCGAGUCGUUCUUCAAGCAGCCCGAUUCGGGCUCUCACUCGCGGCAGUCCAGUACAGACUCCAGCAAUAACCUGCCCCAGUUGCAAGUGCAGCAUAUUCGCUCGCACUCCUCUCCUGCCUCGCUGCCCGUCAGUGCGAACCCCAACCCGCAACAGUAUGGACACCUCCGGCAGCAGUCCUUCGAUAACAUCGACGAUAUCCCGUUGCCCCCCGGCUGGGAGAUGGCCAAGACCCCCUCUGGCCAGAGAUACUUCCUAAAACCCUUCAUCGGUACUGGAAAGGAACAGGGCAGAAGAAUUGCAGAAAGGACCAGUGAGAGAGAGUCUCACGGAGCUGCCGUGGAAGAGAGGAGGAAAGCUUUUUCAGGCCAUGUAGACAGGAUAACAACAUGGCACGAUCCCCGGAAGACCAUGAGCCAGAUGAAUCUGAACACAGCCGGCACAUCAAACCAGUUGCAGCAGAGAUCCAUGGGCUUGCCUCAUCCAAACCCUGUGAUGAGCCAACAGCAGAUGACUCCAAACACCACUGUGACUCCGUCUGGAAUGCCCUCCCAAAACCCUCGGAUGGCCAUGAUGAGCCUCUCCAGCGCCAUGACGGUGCAGCAGAAACACCAGCAAAAGAUGCGCCUGCAGCAGAUCCAGAUGGAGAAGGAGAGAAUCAAACACCUGCAGCAAGAGCUCAUGAGACAGGAGAAGGCCUUGUAUAAUCAGAUUCCCAGUCAGAUUCCCAUUGAAUCGGAAAACAUCCCCACAGCCCAGAAUGCUGUCUCUACACCAACUAUGACACAGGAGAUGCACGUCAUCACAAACAAUGGCUCUGACCCCUUCCUCAGCAGUGGACCAUACCAUUCACGCCAGGCAAGUGCAGACAGUGGUUUAGGAUUGGGAAGAACACCUGAAGACUUCCUGGGUCAUGUGGAGGAGAUGGAUACAGGAGAAAUGGGGCAGACUGCCAUGACCACAACUCAGCCCAGCCGCUUCCCCGACUUCCUGGACUCUCUGCCGGCAAGUAACGUGGAUCUCGGGACCCUGGAAGGUGAGGACCUGAUGCCAAGCCUGCAGGAGCCCUUUGGGUCGGACAUCUUGCCUGACGUGGAGUCCAGCCUCAACCCGAAGGAGACUUUUCUCACUUGGUUGUAAUCACUGUGGGAAGCAAGAGAAGAGAAGUGAAAUAGGAAGUGAGAUGGAGUUACCCUUUCUGCUUGGAUCAGAGGCAAAGUGUCUCAAGUAGUGCUUUUUGUUUGCCUGAAAACUUUUAUGUUCGUUCCUUCACCCCAAAGUGGUAUAUGCUUGUCUCAUUUAACUAAAGGCGGCUAGCAGUAUUUUAUAUGAACUAUAUCCUAGAACUAUCUCAAUGUCUUUGAGCUUCCAAGUAAUCAUGGGAUUAACCUCUAGUAGAAGAUCAAAGAUUCCACUGCUUGUCCUGUCUUGCAUGGCCAAAUGGAUAAUUCUUUUUCUCCUUUUAAAACAUUAUUAUAUUAUUAGUAACUAAAGGAGGAAAAAAAUUGAACCUAAGAGAUUAACUGUUUGUUUUGCAACUGGAAGUCUUUUUGGUUCAAGACUGAAAGAAAGGUUGGGUGGGAGAGGGGGAAGGUGGGGUGGGGGGGGGGGGGAGGUGGGAGGGAGCAUUCAUACCCAAAUUGUUUUGGUGACCUUUUUAUCAGGAGAUUGAAGUGAUACCAAACACUUCUCAUCUAUUUAAUAUGAACAGAGCUUUAAAAUCGUUUGUAUUGUUCAAUAUAUAAAAUAAUGUACAAAAAGGUGGGCAAAUUUGGAGUCCAAGUCAUGACGAUAGUAGCCAUUUGCACGUGAGGCAUCUCUGCAAAUUUGGCUGUUCAUGUGGCAGCCAUAUGUUACUCUGUUAUCUGCUGUUACUUCUCAUGACCUAGACACCACUGUUAAUAGGUUUCUCACAAUCACACAUCCUGCCUUUGCCUACAUAUUUAGUGGAGGUGUUAAGAAGCACUUACUGUAAAGCAGUAUUUAAUACCUCUGUAAAAAGAGUGGACAGGGCAACAUGGUGUAAGCAUGCUGUAACCCUUAAUUUCACCAUUACCUUUUUGGCAUCUCAAUUUUCAAAGCUUUGAUAUUACAAUGUAGCUAAAUGUAAUGGUAUACCCUUAUAGUUUGUUGUCAUAAUGCUAUAUGCUGUAAAAAUAGACUUUUGCAAAAAAAAGCUACCACAUUUUUAUCAAGUGACAACUUAAAUCAUUUUUUAAGAAAACUUUUUUUUAAUUAUUAUUGUAAGGAAACUUGGAUUUUGGAUUUUUAUCACAUUGAAUACUCGAAUUGUUAUACUUUUUUAAAAAAAGUUGGGAUUUUCAUCGGCUCUUAAGUAAAAACCUGGAACGAUAGAGAGGGAAAAGCCGCAAUGGAUUGGGAAAGUCCAUGGAGGAACAGGACGGAUGACACAGUUUGGAAGUGGUAAGGUAAUUGGAAUUGCACCUUUGUUGUGAUGCAUUGUGGGUCAGAGUCCAUCUUUGUUGUAAUACAUUGUGAGUCAAAGUCCUUAUGAAGAUGCCCUCGAUACAAAAUAAAGCUUGGUACGCUGUUCUAAAUAGUCCGUUCCAAUCUGACUUGACCAAGAUGACCUUCUUCAGGAAAUUGGACAAGAAAAUCAGUGGGGGUGGAGGGAAGGGUGGGAGAAAGUGGUUGAUAUAAAAUGAAUUGGCAGUGAAUGGUAAUCAUUCAUUUUAACUACAAGCAAGGAGGUUGGGCCUGCUGAGUGUAACUUGUACCCUUCACUGAAGGCAGUGCCUGAUGUAUGGGGCUUUACUAAAAACUCUGCGACCCAUAUUGUAGCUGCUCUUUGUCUGUUUAUGCAAUUGUCCAACACCCAUACUUAGUAGAAGUAUAAAGUUUGGGCACUGGAUUUGCAAGAUCUCCUUACCCACCUGGUAUCCCCCCCCCCCCCCCCCCCCCCCCCGACCUCCUUUGAGGAGCAGCUACAGGAAGGUCGCUAAAUGAAAAAGAGAGGAACAGAAAACAAUGUAGAAUUGUACAGAGAAAGUUGAUGAGCUUGUUUUAUGCAUUGUGCCCAGUUAACUCUGUGCUUGAUACUUGGGACCUCUGUAAGUGAAAUAUCCCUGGAACAGGCAGUGCAAUGGAAGUCAGGCUUUGAUUAAAGUUGUUUGAAGGCAAGAUGAGGCCUUGGAGUCAUUAUCCCAUCACCACAACCUUGGCUCGACACUCCCAUUCCCUUGCCUUUAUUGCAUGUGUUUCUGGAGGUGUGUGGAGUUUUGGGUGGGUGGGACUGUGCGUGUUAGGGUAGACUUUGUGUUAGUGAGGAUUUGCAUUUGAGGGAAGUAAUCUCUUCAUGCUUACUCUGGCCAGUGUUGGGAGGGAAGCUGAGGAGUGUGGGGUGUCGGGGGAAGACUUCAAACCCGGGUCUUCUCCUGAACUCUGUUCCUCGCACCAAGAGGUGAAAGGACAGAAAAUGCUGAGCGGCCAGAAACAAAUGGGGUUAAGGAAACUGUCCUCACCUCUCUAAUAUAAUCCUGAAUUUUUGACUUCUUUCAUACAUGGGAGGCUCUUUCCUUACAGAAUUGGCACUGUGUCUGAUAUUUUUUAAAGAAGUUUGGAAUCUUAAUGUGAGUUGAGUGAAUUGCACUUUUAGACGUCAUAGUUAACUAGUCUCAAUUAUUAUUGUAAAUUUGUGUUAAUCAACUUACCUUUUAAUAUCUCUUACUGAACUCCGCUGAUGCUUCUGCGUUAUCAUUGUAUACUCAGAUGUGGGCAAUGAGGAGGAUCUUUGAAUCAAACAGUCAGAGUUUAAGCUGCCAAGGCAGUGAUAUCACUUUGGGAAGAUCACCCCUUCAAAAGCGGGUGUGAGCUCCUUUGUGAUAGACUUUGGCCGAUAGAUCUAGAACUGAUCCAGAAGAAGUCUGUACAGUCACUAUUGCUGGUCAUCCCCUCUUCUUCUGGGGGAGGGGGUGGCGUGAUAUUUAUCUCAGCUGAUAGGGUAGGGGCAAAAAUCAUUGGGUGCAGAAAUUGGUCUUUGGGAUGUACAAGUGUUGGCUGCCGAUUGUAUUCGCCUCCAUGCUCCCUGUUGCCGCAAUGGAAAAGGCAACUGGUAGCCAAUACUCGCGUCUAGCUCCAGCCACUAAAGAAAAAUUUCUCCACUCGGCAGUGUUGAGAAACUGCACUGAAGGUACAACACAGGAUUUGUGAAAUGGAAAUGCAGUGGGGAACAGAUGGGAAAGUCAGGAUAACAACAAUAUUUUUUAAUUACAGUUUUUGAUAAUCUAGAAAAGGAGCACAAAUGCAAAUUGGACAGUUUGCUUGUAAGCACAUCUGUCUGAGCUUCUGAGAACUGUUUCAGUAAUCGAGAUUAUCAGUUUAAGAUAUAUUACUUCUGUUGCACUGCAAGCAUUUUUGUCACUCGAUUUAUUCAUAAGGUAUGGAAGUGUAUCGUGUUUGUGACCUUAUUUUUUGAACUCGGGUUAUUUUAUACUGAGAUGUGUGAACAUUGCUGUAGCAUGGUAAACAUAUGUGUUGUAUGUAAACACAGUUCAGUUCUGGUUUAAAUCCUUGCAGUCCUGUACUACAAGCUUUAAAAAAAUAAAUAUAAUUGGAUUGUA